UAAUUACGUAUGAAGUCGGAAAUAAUGUUUCUCUAAAAAUAACGUGAAUAUUUUAAAAAGUCAUUGGUCUACUAUUAUAUUCUGGAAACUUCGUUAUCGUCGAACUUUAGACAUUUGCACCUGAGGCAGGUCUUUUAAAUGGCCCCAUUUGUUUCUGUGUCAUCGCGCCAACUUUCAACGUAUCCUUCAAGUCAAGACAAUAGAUUGAAUUACUUUAGUUGUCUAGAAAAAGCAUUUUUCAAGCUUUCCACGGUACUAUAUAAUAAAAAGUACGACUGAAAUCAUGAUUUAUUAUAGCUAUAUAUAUAUAACGUCUAAAAUUUAAAUCAAGUUGUAAUAACAAUUGCAGAUAUCUCUUUUUUUUCUCGUAGCUCUAUAGAAAUUAAAAAAAAAAAAAAAGAAAAAAAAAAAAAGAAAGAGAAACAACCAAACAAAUUUCAUUCAUUCGACGGUCAAAAGAGAGGAUCAACGAUCUACAUGUAUUAUUGUCUAAUCCAUUGGACAAUAAAAAUUGGAUAAAGGGAUUUGCCAAAUAAAAAAUAACUUUGACGACGAGUGAUAAGUAAGAAUAAUAAUAAAAAAAAAAAAAAAGAAAGGAAAAAAGAAAAAAAUUGUUCAUCCCUUCCCCGAUAAAAAUUUGUCUUCGUCUGACUAAAAUUGUAACAAUCAUUCUCUCUCUGUUUUACUCUCAAUAAUCCCCCGCGCAAAACCGAGGGAAACCAAGGCAACGAGCGUCCCUUUGUCGUUCGAUUUAAUCUCAGCCCGAAAAAGCCGCCUUGUCCUAUUCUAACUCUCGUGCGAGAGAGCUAAAAGGCGUCUCUCUUUGGGCUUUUUCCGUGUAUCUCUCCUAUAUAUUGCAACAUACCUAGCUACAUAGAUACGUACAAUAUAUAUAUAUAUAUAUACACACACACACACACACACACACAUAAUAUACAUUUGUAUCUAUACAUAAAGAAGCUUUUUUCAAGUUUCCUCUCUUAAGAAUGAUACGUGAAAAAGAAAAGAAAAGGAAAGAAUGAAGAAGAAAAAAAAAACAAAACAGAAAAAGAGAAAGAAAAAAAAAAAAAGAGAGAUACCCUCAUAGGUAUGACCAAUCUUUUUGAAUAGAUCUCGAACGCGAGAUCUCUUUAACGUGUUGUUCUUGUGUUGUCCAUUGAAGAGAAGUAUUCAGUGAGUUUGUCGGUUUUUCGAUGAAAAGUAAGAUGGUAGUGGAUAGUUCGGAGUGAAGGGUGAAAUUGGUUCUACGAACUCUAACGAGGAUUUCUUGUUGGUGUUAAAAGAGAAAGAGAGAGAGAAAGAGAGAGAGAGAGACAGAGACAGAGACAGAGAGAGAGAGAGAGAGAGAGAGAGAGAGAGAGAGAGAGAGAGAGAGAAAGAGAAAGAGGGUAGAGAGAGAGAAAGAGAGAGAGGGAUGCUGCGAUCGAUGGCAUCGAGGCGCCUAGCAGCCAGGCCCUGAGCUCAGCCCCAUCAUCCUCCCAGCCUUCCCUCCUCUCUACCCCCUACCCCCCUCCCACCCUCCCACCCGCUAGAUUCUGCAGCACGAGUCGACAAAGUACGACGACGUACGAGUCGUUUGUGUGCAGUAUGCACCGGGCACUUGCGCGUCGACUCCCGCGCCCAUCUCCAGCGCCUCAUCGACUCCAGCUCGAAUCUCGUGUAAGAGAGUCACCGAGAUUCGAUCGUGGAGUAAGGAUAGGAUUCGCUAGUGACGAUUUUUUUUCAUCGUUGAAAUUUAUUUGUGAAAAUUGUCGGUCAAACCAGAGACUCGCACGUGGCGGUGUCAUCGGUGGUGGGUGGUGCUCCUCUCAACGUGCGAAAACCGGGAAUUGGUAUAUAGUUCGAGCACACUAUGCUGCCGUCGAAUCGGACAACGUUCUUCAAAUUGUCACUGUGAUGCUCGACCUACUGGCGGAUGAUUAUGGAGAUAGCCGAUGUCGGAGGUGGCCAGGUACGAACAGGACUGAUCUUCCUCUUCCUUAUAUCGGUGAUCCUGAUCAAGAGGACUACCGGUUCGAACGGCGGCACCUGCGGCCUUGCGGAAUUGACUUGUCGAGAUGGACAUUGCGUACCGAUUGAUGCCUAUUGCAAUGGUAAAAAUGAUUGCGGAGAUGGCAGUGACGAACCAACGCUUUGUACUCCAUGCAACCGCACCUAUCACGGCCAGGAGGGUCGUACCUAUCAUUUGGAGCUUUCUAGACCAGCUGAAACGCGUCUUCCUUUUCUUUGUCACCUGACCUUCACUGCGGCUGGCCGAGGUUACGGGGAACUCGUUCAACUUCUUUGGGAUUCUUUCAGCGUAGGACGUCUCGAGCCAAACGCCGAAUAUCUAUCGGCCAGUUGUCCCGAAGGAUCUUUGCAAUUAGCCGAAUUGGGCAGACACUUUACAGGUGGAUUUUGGUGCGGCGGUGGAGAAAAUCGUGCGACUUAUUACAGCGAGACCAGUACGGUCACCGCCUCGAUUCGUCUGUUUCACGCACCACCCUCUGUUCCAUUUGAAUUCCGUCUUAGAUAUCGUUUCGUUUCACGAAACGAUGCCGUGGCACGUCUAGGAAAACCGGAUUAUCCUAUCGAGAGAGGCUCGCCUGUUCCAGGAACCUACUGCUCCAGAAACUUUUACGAGUGCCACUUGAAACAAUGUCGUCUCCAAAGUCCAAAUUAUCCAGGAGAAUAUCCAAGAAAUGCGAGCUGUAUGAUUACACUCCGUCAAAAGGAGGUACCAACUUGCAAACAUGCUAUGAUAUCCGUUAAAAACAGUCCAACCGGUCCCACUGGAUUAACAAGUUCUAAUGCGUCGCUCAGCAUUUGGCAAGAUUGCACACCUGAAAAAGAUCGACUAAUCUUUCACGACGGCUUGCGUACCGAAGAUCCAAUCCUCCUGAUUUACUGUGGUGGUCCUUUACCAAGAGUCAUUGCCAGAGGACCAAAUAUGCUCGUCGAGUUUAGAAGUUCACCGAUUGCCAUUCCUUUAGGAGCGUCGGCAUUGAGACUCGAAUUGGAAGUUCAAGUUAUCUAUGUGGACUCGGAUGGUCUGGAUUAUGCCAGAAACUCCGAAGGAUGUCAUUUCUUUGUCAAUGGUACAGCCAAAAGGAGCGGCACGUUAAGAGCUCCGCUUCACGCACUACCACCAAGUUCCAGCUGUACAUGGAACAUAAAAGGAUCAGCCGGUGAUCGCGUAUGGAUAUAUUUCUCGUCCUACUCUCAAAGGGAUUUAACAACGAGUACGGAAAACAAUGCUAGCACGCAAUCGGAUUCGAUGUGCGGAGUUAAGUUAUUGUUUUGGGAUGGAUCUCCGUUAACUGGACUUCCUAUGGUCACACUUUGCGACAGUACACCUAAACUUUGCGCACAUGCGGCCCUUAGAAAUGCUACGAGAAGUACUAGACCUUGCACAGAGGAUGAAAGUUAUCUCACGAUUGCACCUAGCUUAACAUUGCGAAUGGAAACUGUACUUGGAACUGCUCUUCACAAUGUCAACUUUCAGGCUCAAUACGAAUUCAUUUCAACGAUUCAAGUUGGUGAACCAUGGGGAGACGGUGUUUGUAGCAGAGUUUGGCGUAAAGUUCGAAGUGGUGAUGUCACGUCACCACGGGAUGUCCGACUUUUCGGUAGAGGUGGUUCCUCUAAAUUGGAUUGCAAAUAUAGAAUAGAAGCUGGAGUAGGCGAAAGAGUUAGAUUAACGUUGCACAACGUUAGCCUCGGUGAAGCGACGUCCUGUAUCAGCGAACCGGACCCACAUACUGGUAGACCACGUUGCGUACACGAGAUCGGUUCAAGAGAGGCUAGACUGGUUCUUUACGAGGCACCGUGGCGUGACGUCAAACUACCUAGAGCUUGUCUUUGCGAUAACACGUCUAAUCUCCCGUUGACCCAUAUCUCAGCUGGAAGAGCACUUGAGAUCACGUUCCUGGUAGAUCAGCAGGCACCUCACGAAGACUUCGAGACUCUCUUCUUCUACGCCAGUUUCGAGUUGGUGCGUUCACCGGAGUGCCCAAGAAAACAGAGAGUUCGCGGCGAAGGUGGCGAGUUAAGAUUCGUUGCUCCGCCCUUAUCAAGACCAGACAUCUAUUGCGAGGGUCUUCCAUGGUUAGUCGAGGCUAGAGAAAAUAGAUCGCUAUUUGUAUUAACGUGGGGUUGGUUCAUGCCAUUAGAACCUGCACCGGUAUCCGAAUCGAGCGAUGCCAUUAAAUGUCCAACGUCUAACAGGAUCUUAUUGUAUUCCGGUUGGCCACCCAGAUUGUUGAAAGUGGUUUGUCCAGCUGAACCUGGUGCCAGAGAGUUUACCGUUCAUGUGUUUUCUGAAGAAUGGUUAGGCGGAGGGGAAGGGAAAUGGCCUGGGCCACCAAGGCCACCAGCACUUUUAUUGGAUUUUGUUGCCAGAGAAUCCGGUCAAGCUGCAGCUUCUUGGUUAGAGAUUUCUAAGAGCAGAGCUGCUUUACGCAGACAGUUACGUCUUCCAGAAAGAGGACCGGAGAACGAGACCGUAUCUCAGGGAGAUUGUCCGCACAAAUGUCCCGAACUUGGUGCUUGCAUCGCUGCCAGCCUUUGGUGCGACGGCAGGCCACACUGCCCGUCCGGUCACGACGAAGCCAAUUGCGGAAGCGGCGCUAGAUUAUUAGGGUUAUUGCCGCCGGCUUUGUGGCUCGUCGUUGCCGGAGUUACCGGAAUUGUCACUGCCUUUGCGUGCCUCUUCGCUAUACUGAUCAGCAGGUCCAGGUUACGCGCGAAACGACUUCGUUAUAAAGGAACGAUGAAGAAUAGCAAGCCGAGACGGGCGCCGACGGAAGAGACCCUUUUGGGUGCGGCAUCCUGACAUCAGCAACCCGGUUUCGUGGAAUAUAUCCACGUUGACCGGGAAACUACCGUUUAGUAGCGAUACAACAUACCUACACGUUCUGUGCUUCACCGUCCAUUAACCAAACUUGAUACACUUCCUUAAGUAUUCACGGAGCGAACUGGUUCAGUGUCAUCUAGCUCCUUCAUAAUUUCACUUCCUCAUAUCUCUUUCUAUCAUUCUGUCUUAUCUAUCUGUCUCUGUCUGUCUCUGUCUCUCUUAUAAUCGAAUAGAUGAUAUUCUUUUCUAAUAGAGAAUUAAUAAACAUUUCUUCUCUCGUUUAUUUUAUAAUCAAAUUAUAUCGACAGUACACUAUUAAAAUUUGCAAGGUUUUUGUAGAAAUUAUUAGCUCGAUUUCUAAGAUCGUAUUUAUUGGGAAAGCAAAAGAAA